GUGCGGUCACUUGUUUUCUUUGUACUGCGCGCCUCCUGGUGGUAGCAAGUGAAAGCUCCUUUGAAGUCGUCGUAACCGUCAAACGCCGUCAAACGUCGAAGUGUCAUCAACAACGUGAAGUAAAAGUGGUGAAUUUAUUGUUUUCUGAAAGGCCACAUUUUGGCGCUUGGCAGUAGCCCCUUGAUUGCUGCUUGGUUUGCCUACCUUCCACGAAGAUGCGGAAGUCAUCGUUUGGAGGCCGUAGGGUUAGUCAACCCUUACGAAUGGAUCCUGAUGAUAUGAGGGCGAGUGGAAGCAGAAGGCCACCAGAUGGACGAAGAGGAAGUGCAAUUCCUCAGCCAGGUUUUGCCCUUAAAGGUCGACGUUCUUCGUCUGAAAAUCGCAAUCGUAUGUCUUCUUUGCCACCCAUGAAGAGGUCGAGAAGCCAAGUGAAUAUGAAACUUCAAACUCCCACUAUUUCUUUAACUACUCCAAUGCGUGAGACCAACAUAUUGAAAUUCGGAAGUGCUCAAUCUCAACGAUCACCAUUUUCUGAUGGUGGUCAUAGCUCACGCAAGUCCACAUACAGUGGCACAUCUAAGCCUAAUGUCGUUGUCAAAGACACCCGGCCUUUGACUGAUAAAGGUUAUCAACAACAAGAAAUGCAGAAGAUAAAUAACUUCCUUUCCACGUUUGCUGAUGGGCAAUCACUGGCUCCAAAAGGAAUCAACCUGAAACAGCUCACCACCAAGUUAUUCGUGGACAUUGUCAACCACCUUCUAGGCUUCUUUGACAGCAAGAUUUGUAUUAACAUGACCAAUUACGUGAGUGAGAUCCCUUUAACAAUGAAAAGAUGGGGUUACCCAGGGAAUUUGAACACAUCAUGGCUCAAAACCGUGAAUACACAGCAUGCAUUUCCUCAUGUCCUCGGCCUUCUGUCAUGGCUUGUAACUAUGGCUUCUGCCAUGAUGAGAACAGAGAUGGAUGUUGUUCUCCAGGAAGCUCUCCAAUGCUAUGACGAUGAUGAUGGUAUUGAUGAGGCUUUCCCUUAUGGCAAUGCUGUGCUUUAUAUGGAUCAUCUUUUUACUCAGUAUGGUUUAUGGAGUAAAAAUGAUCAUGCUGCAGAGGAGAAGGAAGAAAACAGGUUUAUAGCAGACUUAUGUAAUCGGAAUGGGGUGGGUCAAGAAGAAUUGAGAGGAAUGGAAGAAGAUGUGCGCAAUCUAGAGGCUCAACUUAAUGAUCCAAAGGAGAUAGCAGAAAUGGAAGCUGCAGUGGAAGAGGAGAAGAAAUACAAUGCGUGUCUGAAAGAUUACAAUCUUAUUCUUGACUACAAGAAUCGAAUGGAUGAGCAUCUUAACACAGCCGAAACAGAACUUGAAGAAACAAGGAUGAAUAUUCGAGCUGAAGAGGAAGCUCUGCAUGUUCUCCAAAACAAGAUAAUGGAUCUCAGAGAGUUAUUAAAGAGACAAGUCAUGUCUGCUCAAGAAAGAGACGAAUUACUGAAACAAUGCAAUGAAAUCGCCAGUUCUAUUCGUGAAAAUGAAGAAUAUAUUUCAGUUGUGUCAAAUCAGAUUUAUGCUGAUGAUCUAGAAAUGGCGAAAAAAAAUGCAAAUCUGAAAAAGAAGACCCAAGCAUACAACAAAAUUAUUGUCACUGAGUCAUGCUGGUUACCGGAGCUGAAAGCCUUGAAAGAUGAUACAAAUAUCUUACACCAUGGAGCCGAGGAUGAACUGGCUCAAAAAGAUGCUUAUGCUUCUCAGUUUAAGUCUGAGCUUGAGAAGAAACUUGCUGACUUAAAUUCUCAAAUCAAACAGCUCAAAUCUGAACUUCUUCAGGUUGAAGAGAGGAAGAUGACAGCUGUUCAUGAACAGCAGCAGUGUCAGGAUAAAGUGAAACAUAUCAGUGAAAACCUUAAUGCAAUUAUGUUGCGUAGCUCUGAGGAAGCAUCAGAGAUGAAGAAAACAAUUGAUUCUCUGAAAGAGGAGAAUGAGUCUCGUGCUAAUUGUGGCACUUUGGAAGAACAAAAGGCCAAAUUGCAGCAACUUUAUUUUAAGAGAGACAAUGGCAAAAUUUUGAUUGAGCAAAACAAACAGAAAGCCCUAGUGUUUUUCCAAAAGUCAGCUGCUAUUACUCAAGGAGUCAUUGAUUCAGUUACAAGGGCUGAGGCCGAGUAUGUGAGAAAACGAAAUGAUCUAGUCCAGAAAGCAAAGGAAAGAAUUCAGAAAUAUUCUUCUGAAGUCAAUCAGAUUGAUGAAUAAUUGUUUGGUCAAUUGUACAUUUUCUUAGCCUUCGAUUUCGUCUUCAUGCAUCAACAAUGUCAAUAGUUAGAAAAUAAGAUUCUAAUUUUUUAUUGUUGAAUUUUUUAUUUGUAAAUAUCUUAUGAUUCUG